CCGCCGCCGACGGAGCUAGACGAGCACGCCCCUGCGCUAGCUGCUGGCCUGCUGCAGCAGACUGAUCCCACGGAUCAGGGGAGAGGGAGAAGGGCAGAGAGCGAGCGAGAUGGGGAGGAGGGCGUGCUGUGCCAAGGAAGGGAUGAAGAGAGGGGCGUGGACGAGCCAGGAAGAUGGCAUCCUGGCCGCCUACGUCAAGGCCCACGGCGAAGGCAAAUGGAGGGAAGUUCCCCAAAAAGCCGGUCUGCGCCGGUGCGGCAAAAGCUGCCGGCUGCGGUGGCUCAACUACCUCCGGCCGAACAUCAAGCGCGGCAACAUCUCCGACGACGAGGAGGACCUCAUCGUCCGCCUCCACAAGCUCCUCGGCAACAGGUGGUCUCUGAUCGCAGCCAGGCUGCCGGGCCGAACAGACAAUGAAAUCAAGAACUACUGGAACAGCACGCUCGGCCGGAGGGUCGGCGCGGGCGGCAGCAGGGCCGUCGCCCCGGCGGCGUCGGGCAGCUGCGAGACCGGCCAGAAGGGCGCCGCCGCUCCUCCUCGCGCGGACCCCGACUCGGCUGGCUCCGCCGCUGCUGCCGCCGAGACGGCCGCCUCGGCGGCCGUGUGGGCGCCCAAGGCCGUGCGGUGCAGGGCCGGCAGCCUCUUCUUCCACUCGGACCGGGACACGCCGCCCGCGGGGGAGACGCCAACGACCGGGGCAGGAGCAUGCGCAGGAGGGUCGGGAGAAGGACCGGACGACUGCAGCUCGGCGGCGUCGACAUUCGCGGCGGGCGUCGACGGGGAGUCGUGCUUCUCCAGCAGCGGUGGCGGCGACUGGAUGGACGACGUGAGGGCCCUGGCGUCGUUCCUCGAGAACGACGAGGAGUGGGUCCGGUGCCAGGUGACCGAGCAGCUGGUGUAGAGAGCAAAGUACUUACUCGUAGUACCACUAUGAGGGCUUAGGGAAGAUAAUAUGCACGUGAGGUGGAUGCAAGAUAUUGAGUACUACUACCACUCUCGGUGUAGCUAGUGUACUCCUAUUUCCAUUCAAGAUUAGAGCAUCUCGAGACUACUUAGCUCAGGGACUUUUAGAAACCAAAUAGGAUCUUAUCUCUCGUACUCUAUAUAUUUUUACUCUCCAAUUUUUAUAUUUUUUAUAGCAACUACUGUAGCAGAUUACUCAAAAGAUAAAGUGGAGGGAGAAAUCCCCUACAUUUUAGGGAGAGGGAGAUGUGUUUUGACGAAUGCCAAAUUUUUUUGUAUUGGCGAUGGGAUUGGUAGUUUGCUGGAGCACCUCCCAUUACCUAAAGGGCAGGUAGUCUGCCGGAGAUGCUCUUAGAUAUAUAGAUCUAGGAGUUAUUGAGUUUGACAUUAUUUGUCCUCGUUGGUUUGUUAUACCCAGGGGACGGGGAGAAUGUGGUGAUUGGUGAACUGUGCUCUCCAAAACUCAAGUGGAUCCUAUAUUUCCAAAAUAAAAAAGGACUUGGCAUA